GCGCUAGUUUUUCAUUAAUAAUGAAUUUGUUUAAUUCCUUGACACUGUGGAGUCAACCAUCGUUCGUUCAGUAAAUUGCAAUUCGAGUUGCAGCUUUUAAGUCACUAUGAAUUCCCGAGGUGCAACCGUGCAAUACAGUAAUUUACAAAGUGCAUCCCACCGUGUGAUAAACGCUGAUCGAUUUAUCGUCAUGGUAACUCAAUAGCCAACAAACGAUCAGCCACGUCAAGUCAGUCUUGGCUUAGCAUUUGCCAUCUAAAAGCCGUAUAAAUUAUAAUGAAUAAAAAAUAUGCUUAAAAAGUGUAAACUUUUUCGAGCUAGGGAUUUAGUGUCUCUGAUGGGUCCGUGUUUUCUGCUCUGUCGUUUCUACGGAUUUUUCCCAUACAAGAUAAAGUCAAACAAUCGUGAAAUAGCAUAUUCGAAGUGGAGAUUCAUUUAUUCGUUUACAGCAAUCCUAACGUACAUUCUUCUGACAACAUAUAUUUCGAUACGUAGCUUCGAUACGGCCGACAAGUUAAAAUACUACAGUGUUCCCAGAUUAAUACAAGUAAAUUUAUAUCUAUUACUAACUACCCUGAUCUGCAUUCUUUCGUUGUUCUAUAUGAAAACCAAAUUGAAAUUACUUCAGCAACUCAAUGCCAUAUCUUGGACAUUUACCGAAAAAAAUUUCAUCCGAAUGUCCCGGGUGGUUCAUGGAAAGGACAUUUUUGGAAUUUUCAUACUGUCCGUACAAGCGUCAAAUAUUUAUUCACUGAACAAUAUAAAUACUGCGCAUAAAUGUCUCUUAAUGUAUUCGAUAAUAACGGUCUAUGCGCUCGACAUGCUAUACGUCAAUUGCGUCUACGUGCUUCGCGUCGGAUUCAAAAAUAUCAAUGAGAAUCUUCACGGACUUCGGCGUUACGUAAUAACAGAUAAACCGCAUCUUCUCCCAAGAGUCAAUCACCAGUGCCACAAUCCGAUAAUUCUACUGGAAUUGAAGGCACUCGAGGAGAGGCACCACACAUUGAGCGAAGCUGUACGGCAGCUGAACAAUGGAUUUGGCUUUCACGUUGGCACCACUUUAGUACUAACCUUUACCGAACUCAUUUUCAGUGUGUACUUUGUUAUUCUCAGGCAAGUCGGUAACGUAGAGAGUCACGUGAAGAAAAACGUUUGGUUGGGGUACUCCGUCAUGUGCAUAUUUUAUUAUUCGGUCAAGUUGUUUGCAAUAGUAUGGACGUGCGAGGCAACGAAAAACGAAGCACUACGCACGGGAAAUCUUAUUCACGAGAUGCUCAUUGACACUGCUGACUUUGACGUUAAGUACGAGCUGCAAACCUUCUCGUUGCAACUGCUUCACAGUAACAAUACUUUUGACGCCAAAGGAACUGUCAUAGACGCUAGGCUUCUCAAGGGUAUUUUCGGGGGAGUCGCAACGCAUCUUUUUAUCUUGAUUCAGUUUCUUCUGUCGUCGAAGAAAUAAACGAAAAAUAAUUUGAAACCAGUUGUAUUAGCCUUUGUUGUGGUCGAGUACCCUGAACUCUGAGUCGAGCGCCUGAGGAAUGGCAACAUUCUAUCUGCACUGUGUAUCAGGUGGACGGCCCUCAGGCGUGCGUUAUUUGAAUGAUGGAAGUAAUAAGUAUAUUAUUUAAUUGUGAGGAUGUUGGUACUGUAUUAACUGGUAGGUUAACACGAA